AAAAAAAGGAAAGAAACUCGCGCGCACGGAAAAUGGCGCCAAGCUCGCGCCAAGCUCCCGCCUCUUCUCCCUCUAUUUCCCCACCCCGUCCUCCACUCCAUCUCCAUCCAUCCGACCCUAGCUCAGCUACCUCUCUGUCCCCAAGCCCCAGCCCCAGCCCCAGGUCGGUAGAUCUCCCAUGGCCUCCUCAGGCUCCGUCCCCGCCGCGCUGCCCGUGCCCAAGAAACGCGGCAGCUACAACUGCGGCCGGUGCGGGCUCCCCAAGAAGGGCCACGUCUGCUCCAUCCCCGGCCCCGCCGCCAAAGGCGGGGGCGAGGGUGGGGCUGGCGGCGCGGCGCCGGGGGAGCUCAAGCCCCGGCGCGCGCUGCACUUUGAUGAUGUGGUGUCGGAGGGUCUGGCGGAGGCGGCGGUGCCGCUGUCGGUGGCGGCGCCGCACCGGCCGCCGGAGAAGAAGGCCAGGGUAGAGGUGGUGGACGUGGAGGAGACGGCGCCGCGGCCGCCGGGGAAGACGAAGGCGAGGGUGGAGGUGGUGGUGGACGACGACGAGGGGGAGGAGGUGAGUGAGGGGUGGGUCGAGGUGGGCGCGGGGCGGCGGGUGCCCGGGGAGGUGGUGGUGGAGGUGUUGCGGCGGCUGGCGCCGAGGGCCGUGGCGGCGUCGGCGGGGGUCAGCCGCGGGUGGCGCGAGUGCGCGCGCCGGGUGUGGCGGGCGGCAGAGGAGGUCCGCCUCCGCACCUCCGGCGUUCGCCCCGUCGGCGCGCUGCUGACGCGGUGCCCCGCGCUGGCAAGGCUCGUGCUCCGCAUGGACAGUGAUGUUGAUGCCACAAUGCUUGCAUGCAUUGCAUUUUCCUGUCCUAAUUUACAAUCCCUGGAUAUCAGCAUGGCUAAUAGUGCAGUCAACCGGAUAACUGGGGAUGAGAUAAAUAGGUUUGUUUCAGAGAAGCGAUAUCUCUCAGUUCUUAAACUAGAUGGCUGUAGUAGUCUUGGUUUUCUCAAUAUUAGCUGUUCAAGCCUUUCAACCCUUUGGCUAUCAGGUCUUUGUUCCCUUACAAAAGUGGUCAUAAACUGCCCCAAUUUGAAUGAGCUCUCACUGGACUUUCCCAAACAAGAUAAUGAUUCUACUGAUCUGGUUGCUCUAAUGGAUGGUCUGGGCCGUACCUGCCCAAACUUGAGAAACAUGCACAUCUCAUCAAUUCACUUAUGCAAUGAAGCCGUGUUUGCUCUAGAGAGUGCUAAUCUCAGGGGCCUGUGCAUGCUAUCCUUGAUUCUAGGUUCAAAAAUAACAGAUGCAGCUGUUGCAUCUAUUGUUCGUUCUUAUGCGAGCUUGGAGUUGCUUGAUCUAAGCGGAUCGAGUAUUACUGACAAUGGGCUUGGGAUGAUCUGCAAGGCAUUCCCACAUACUCUAACUCGUUUCCUCCUUGCUUUGUGCCCAAAUAUCACCUCAUGCGGGGUUCAGGCGGCUACAUCACAGUUGCCACUCCUUCGACUCAUGGACUGUGGCAAGAGCUUAUGUGCUAACCUGCGGCCUGAAGCUGGGAGAUCAUACCUCGGUGACAUCACUGGAGGGAUCAGAUUCUGCUCUAAACUAGCAACCCAGAAAAAGCAGCAGCCCACUUACCAAAAGAUGAUCAUAAAGCACAAUAAUCUGAAGAAACUCAGCCUUUGGGGCUGUUCAGCAAUCGAUGCCCUGUAUGUAAAUUGUCCGGAGCUGGUUGAUCUGAACCUCAACUCUUGCACGAACCUUCAUCCAGAACGGUUGCUCCUUCAGUGUCCGAAUCUGAAAGAUGUACAUGUCUCUGGUUGCCGCGACAUGCUGAUCGGAGCGAUCAGGAACCAGGUUCUGAACGAGUUCGCGGCAGUGGAGCCCCGGCUGCCCUGCAAGCGGCUCGCGGACGGAUCGAAGCGGGUGCAAGUCCCACACUUCAUGCUGGAACAGUUGGAGGAGGCGGAGAAAUGGGGCGGGUCGCGGCGGAGCCAGUGCAACGUUCACCUCAACUAGGCUAGGCUAGCGGCGUUGAGCUGGCCGGCGAAGUGGCGGUCGUCGUCGUCGUCGUCAAGAAGCUGCAUAACGCAAGGCUUUCUGUAUGUGCCAUUGGGUGUGUUGUACCGUCAUUCAUGAUAUCUACUUCCUUGUAUUUCUAACCUAUGGAGUCUGUAGAACAAUAAUUGUAUGAUCUGAAACCAUUGCCAAUUCAUUCAGGAUAAUAAUUGUUUUUU